AAGCUUCCCUUUCAUGUCAGGAUUCAGUCUCGCCCCUCAGGUCUGGGACACACAUCACCUCGUCUGUGCUUUUCAGAUCUCUGGUGGCAUGCGGGCCGUUCUUUUUCUCACUUUUUGGCUCCAGGUUUGGACCACGGUGAGUGGAUUCCCGACCGGAGCUCCGAGCGCCAGGUGUGUGGACAUGAAACCUGGACACGAUGUCUCAGCGCAGUCUGGGUCCUCACCUUACACCAUCAUGGUCAGCAACACCACCUUCAGCACCAAUCAGACAAUCAAAGUGAUGAUUCACGGCCCAGUGUACAUCGGUUUGCUCCUGCAGGCUCGAUCAGGCUCCAGCACUGACGCCGUGGGGACGUGGGGGACUCCGCCCUCCAACACACAAUACUUAACGUGCUCAGGAAUCAGUCAGAGCGCCAUCACACACUCCAACAAAAACAGUAAGAACAGCGAGAUCUACACCUGGAUUCCUCCGGCGUCUCUCGACUCCGCCUUCAUCACGGCCACUGUAGUCGCAAAUAAGAGCACUUUCUGGAUUAACCUCCGAUCGGACACACUGCGGCGAGAUGGAAGCAGCAACACAGCAGCUGAUCACAGGAUGGCAGUCACACCUGUUCUGCUUCUCCCGCUCCUGAUGUCGGUUGUGUUGCAGUAUUUUGUUACCGACUCAUCAGCGCACGCGCCCUAGUCGAGUCCCCGUCACUGUCCUACUCAGCGUCCUGUUACGCUCGUCACAUCAUGAGCAGCGACGUUCAGACGCCGAGCUCCGAAGAAAACAUCGCGAGAUUUCGGAAUCUCUUUUUAUUCACAGUCAUGUAUGA